UUCAGUUGAGUUGCAAGUGCGUAUGAUCUAAUUGAUAAUUAUUCGUCGUUCGUAUUGGUAUGGCGAACACAUUGCAUGCCAUGUGGUGAAUUGAGGUUUGGCGCAAAUUGAAUUUUUCAAAAAUCAGAGUUUUUCAAACUUUGAAGCAGUUAGGUCGAUUGUACUAGUGCGCAUAGAGCUAGUGCUAGUGUUUUAUACGCGGGUAGUGACGGUUUUUGAGGAGGCAAUUACCAAUCGCAGGCGUAUCCGCUAAUCCGACAGGAUCGUCGCUCUACGGACACAGAAGGCGAUCUUCGUUAAAUGUAUGUGGGACACGCCAAGUGACACAUCAACGUCCCGCAGGGACACCACGAUGGCCCAGUACGUCGAAGACGGCUCGCAUUUUAUCAGCAAUUACCAAAACAAACCGCUAAAUAUGGACACUAAAAUUCAAGAGAACAAAGGUUCUUUCUGUAUUGACGCUCUGCUGUCCCGAGGCGAUGAACGACCGAUGAGUCCCGAAACGUCACGAAGCAUCUCACCGACGUCGACGCGGAGCAGGAGUCCACCAAUUUCACCUGGGUGCGAAGACGUACCAUCCACCACCGGGUUCGUCCCCCGGCCUGGAUUGUUAAAUCAUAUUUAUCCCGGCGGGGCUGGCUUUUACGGAUAUCAAGGUCAGCCGCAGGGUUCCGCAUUCCAUUCGUUAGAUGGGACCAUGGUGCAGAAGGUACACCUGCCAGUAAACCCUCACGGGCAGAACCACUUUCAACAAAUGCAGCUAGAGUGGUUGGCCAGAACCGGUAUGUUUUACCCGAGGUUGCAAGACUUGACUGGUUGUGGGCCGGGUGGACACGCCCUACUCGGAAAAACUAGAAGACCUCGGACAGCUUUUACCUCCCAACAACUUCUAGAAUUGGAAAAACAAUUCAGACAAAACAAAUACCUUUCCAGGCCUAAAAGAUUCGAAGUGGCAACCAAUUUGAUGUUGACCGAAACACAGGUGAAAAUCUGGUUCCAGAACCGACGGAUGAAGUGGAAGCGGAGCAAAAAGGCGCAGCACGAGGCGAAGUCGUCCAAAGACACGGACAGCGGCAAAUCGUCUUCUGCCAACCAUUCAUCCCAAACCGCGUUCAAAGCGUCGUCGUCGUCAGCAUCUAAUGCCGAAAGCUCCGAUAGCGCUAUCUCCGUGGUUGAAACGAACUCGAACGACUCCAAACGGUUACCAGAAAACGAGUCUCUCUAUCGACCGUACGUUGUUUAAAAUUUAUUCGUUAUGGCAACGUUGUUAUUGGGAAGCUUUAUGACAAAUUCGUCUGUUGUUUGCAGUUUAAUCGAAAACAAUUUAGUACCCAUUAUUAUUCUUUAUUUAAAUGCAAACAAAGGCUUCGGGUAGUAUACAGGGUGGUCCGAAAAGCUAGGAAAACGGUCUUUUUGGAACUAGCAAACAUGUGAUCAUCAUCAAUAUAGUCAAAAAUUUACAGUGUGCUGCAUUUGACUGUCAAAAUGCUUAAAAAGCUUACUGCUAUCUGUUUAUAUUGUUUUAUAUAAAAUCUUACGACAUAGAAACUUUCAGAACCCACUCAAACAAAUACUUCAGUCAGUUCAGUCAGUUCAGUUCAGGAUUAUUAUGUAUGGUUUUUGAUCAUAUGGGGGUGCAAGAUCCUGCUGAAACCUGCUUUGUCACAUUUAUCAUAUUAAAAAUUUUGAAUAUAAAAAAUCGCAGUAAGCUGCGAAUCUGCAUAUUGGAACGACGGUUUGUGAUGCCCUUUCUAACAGAAAAGAAUUGUUUGACAGCUAAAAGCUGUAACUUCUUGGU